UAGAGUCUAGCAUAUAUACUAUAGAGUCUAGAUCUAGACAUCUAGAUAACUUAUAGUGGGAUAAGGAGUUUUUAAAUCUUUCUGUUUUAGUUCUAAUGGAAAGGAGACGACCACUUCGUUCAGAUCUUAUGUAACAGUGGCUUAAUGGGCGCAGGUUGUCUUUAAGAAUCGUUAACAUUAUAUUGUGACAAGUGGUAUCCUUCUAAUCAGCAACAACAGAAUUACAUUGAUUUAUCAUGCAGUGUUUUAAAUGUUCUUCCAUUUUUCCAUGGCCCUCCACCAUUUCAGAUUUGAACUCAAUUUACAGAAAGAUAUAUUUAAAGUCUCUAAGAAUUUCACCAUUAUGCUGCUACAGAUUAUUAACUAUACAAUCUGAUUUGAAUAAUUAUAUAAAUGAAAUACCUGGCAAGUCAAGAAAUAGUAUAGUUUAUUGUAUGAGAAAAAAAAGUACUAAUUUUUAUUAUGGUCUACCUAUAUGGAGACCAUUUGCCAAUCCAACAUACUCUGCAAGUUUGUUACCUUCUUUUGUCCAAGGAUUGAUUACUGCUGACUCUAGAAAAACUCAUACAUCAACAAAAUUCACUAUAGAGAAUCCAAUUUAUGUUUCAUUCUUGAAAAGUCUGGUUGAAGAGUACAAUGCAGCCAUCAAUGCAAAUGUUGAUUAUGUUGCUGAUGCAGAUAAACGACAGAGAUUUAAUUUUUUGAAGUUGGUCACACAGUCAAUACAGGAACUGGAAAAGAAGCAAGGUGAAGUGCUGGAACUGCAGAGCAUGAUGGCUGAAGAGGACAAAGAAAUGAAACUGCUUGUUGACAAAGAAAUUAUACAGUUAAAGAAAGAAGUACAGAUAAUAGAGAAAGAGUUAAUUGACAUUUUAGUUGGCGAAGAUUCUGCGGACAACAAAGAUAUUGUCAUGGAGAUAUGUGCUGGCGUUGGUGGUCAGGAAGCUAUGCUUUUUUGUGCUGAGCUUUUCCUUAUGUAUCGUAACUAUGCACACUUCAAAGGCUGGACAGUCACAGGUCUUUCAAUUGAAGAAAAUGAAAUUGGUGGCACUCGCAAGGCAGUCAUAGAAAUUAACGGCGAGUCUGUCUUCAAACAUCUGAAAUAUGAGGCUGGAGUUCAUAGAGUGCAGAGAGUUCCCAAGACAGAGAAAGCAGGACGUAUACACACAAGUACCGUUACAGUAUCUGUCUUACCUCAACCAUCAGAAGUUGACAUCGAUAUACAACCCAAUGAGUUAAGAAUUGAAACUUUUCGCUGCAGUGGCCCAGGGGGUCAACAUGUCAAUAAAACUGAUAGUGCUGUCAGGAUAAUACAUCUACCUACAGGCACUGUAUCUGAGUGUAGACAAGAACGCUCCCAGAUAAAAAAUAAAGAAACAGCAAUGAAAAAUCUUAAAAUAAAGUUAUACCAGGCCAUACUUGAGGAAGAAGACAAAAAACGUCAAGCGACCAGAAAGCUACAAAUUGGUUCCAAAGGCAGGUCAGAGAAAAUAAGGACGUACAACUUUCAACAAGACAGAAUCACAGACCAUCGCUCGAAAGAAGAUUUCUCUAACCUGCCAGAUUUUAUGCUGGGAGGCCAAGGUUUGGAUGAUCUUGUUCUUUCACUUCAUCAGUUUGAAAAGUUGCAACUCCUGGAAUCCAUGUUGGACUCCUAUACAACAGAGAUAAGCAGAACUAAGACUACUAAAGGAUCAUGACAAAAAAAAUCAAAUAAAUUUUAUUUUUGAAUUCAAGAA